AUGUCUACUUUACGCAAGUUUACCGACGCGAGCUCCUUUGCAGCCCUUGCACUCGAAGUGCAACGCGACCUUCUCGAGAAGCAGCUGCUACCAGCACCACCCGUUAAAAAAAGAGACAGCUUCGACUACGAACUAGCCAAAGCUGUGUCGAACCGCUGCCUCGGACUCGUCGAGAUUAAAGACUUCAUAGCUUUCGACCGCUUGAACUUAAACGAAAACAUCGAUAAUGCUUUUUAA